UUCGGGGCGGGGGUCGGAGACAGCUCCAUCGCACGCUCCUUGCCUCGGUUUCCCUUUUCCUAUACCCUCCGCUGCUGCAUCUCCCCACAUCCUCCCCGCCGCGGCGGCGGUGCUGCCCCAGGAGGGGGUACCCACCGGACAGCCUCGCCUCCGCCUUUGUUCCCCGCCCGGAGGGCAUGCUGGCAUCGGGGCCCCCUCCCCAGUUGGUGAUCCAUUGGUCAUGGUUGGACACGCAGAAGCGAGUGAGCUGUGAGACGCUGUGGAGCUGAUGGGUCCCGAGGAUGUAAGAGCGUCUGAAGGCCUCCACAUCCUCCCCUCCAGGACAGAAUCAUGAAUAAACUGGAGGAUCCGCAGGACCAGAUGAUACCAUGAAGAGAAGUUUCCAGGCCCUCUAUUGCCAACUGUUAAGCUUCCUCCUGACCUUGGUGUUGACCAAAGCACUGGUACUUGCUGUCCAGGAACCAUCUCCCAGGGAAUCUCUCCAGACCCUCCCCUCAAGCAGUCCCUCGGGCACCAUGGUGACCGCACCCCACAGCUCAACCAGACUCUCCUCCGUGGUGGCCCUGAGUCCCCAUCCUGAUGGACCCUCCUCACAGGCCACGGCUACCAUGGCGACAACGACACCCCAUGCAGAAGAGCACCCUCCUGCAAACACCGAGUCCACUGCCAUGGUGGCAGCCACCGUCCCCCGCCCUGAAGGCCCUCUACCCACAGGUCCACCUCCAGCUCCCACGACAACCACAUCCUCCCACCCAGAGGGCCGCCCCCCGGGAGGUCCUGCCCCGACCAUUCCGCCAACAAAGCCAGCAGGAGUCACCAGCCGUCCCCCAACGCCGCCGAGGGCCACAACACGGAGGCCCCCCAGGCCCCCCGGCUCGUCCCGGAAGGGGGCCGGCGGCCCAUUGCGCCCUGGCCCCCCUGCGCUGGGUGGCCACCCGGCGAGGAAGGAAGGCCAGCGAGGGCGAAAUCAGAGUUCCACGCAUCUGGGGCAGAAGCGUCCCCUGGGGAAGAUCUUCCAGAUUUACAAGGGCAACUUUACAGGGUCCGCGGAGCCAGACCCCUCCACCCUGACCCCCAGGACCCCCCUCCGGAGCUCUUCCCCUGCGCUGCAGCCUCAGACGGUAGCUACGACCGCGGCACCCAGAAGUACCUCGUGGGCACCCCCCGCCACCCCCCUGCUACCUGAAGAGGACAAGCCAGGCCUUAGCAAAGCUGACCAGGGCGGGGGCUCCACCUUCACCAGCCCGGGAGGAGAGCCCGAGGCGCCAGCAGCCUCAGCUCCCCCCGCCCGAUCGCAGCCCCCCGCCCCAGUGCCUUCUCAGCGCCCCCGCGGCCACGCGCGCGGCAGCCCCAGCCGCAGUGACUCUUGGCUCGCUGUCACCCCUGACACUGACAGACCCCUGUCUGCCAGCUCUGGGGUCUUCACGGCCGCGGCGGGGCCUACCCAGGAGGCCUUCGAUGCCAGUGUCUCGGCCCCUUCCCAGGGGGUCCCUCAGGGAGCAUCCACAACCCCACAGGCGCCGGCCUGGCCCCCCGGGGUCUCAGAAAGCACUGUUUCUCCGGCCGCUGAGGGGACCUCAGCCUCCUCCACCACCACGGCAGACAGGGUGCCCAGUCCCCUCUCCACCGUGGUGUCCACAGCCACGGGAAACUUCCUCAACCGCCUGGUACCCGCCGGGACCUGGAAGCCGGGGACGGCAGGGAACGUCUCCCAUGUGGCAGAAGGCGACAAGCCCCAGCACAGAGCCACCAUCUGCCUGAGCAAGAUGGACAUCGCCUGGGUCAUCCUAGCCAUCAGUGUGCCCAUCUCCUCCUGUUCCGUCUUGCUGACCGUGUGCUGCAUGAGGAAGAGGAAGAAGACGGCCAACCCGGAGAACAACCUGAGCUACUGGAACAACGCCAUCACCAUGGACUACUUCAACAGGCACGCGGUGGAGCUGCCCAGGGAGAUCCAGUCCCUGGAGACCUCGGAGGACCAGCUGUCAGAGCCACGCUCUCCGGCCAACGGUGACUAUCGCGACACUGGGAUGGUCCUUGUGAACCCCUUCUGUCAAGAAACACUGUUUGUGGGGAACGAUCAAGUCUCCGAGAUCUAGCGGAAAAGCAGCCUUCGCUUUGCCAUUCCCUAUUUUUCGUCUUUAAAUUAUAAAUAUACAAAUAUAUAUUAUAAAUAUAACCUUUGUGUAACCCUGACUUAAUAAGAAACAUUUUCAGCUUUUUUUCCUAAGAAUUGUGAACAUCUUUUUUAUAAGUGUGGUUUAAAAAAAAAAAUACUUUACAGAAUGACCCGUGCCUUUAUAAAAUAAA